GAGUAUCGUUUAUGGCAAUAUCUGCAGAGACAGGUGAAAUGAUGGGUGCCGCGUUGAAUAGCACAGUGUGCAGGAGUAACGAAAUAAAACAAUACGGUGACGAGAACAAAAGUUCGAAAUAUAAUGAUAUUAUGGUUAUCUUAGACAAAGCUGGACGAGAAACUGAUGUUUUUGGGCAGUAUCCAAACAUAGAUCGUAUGAUGGAGUUAAAGAUUAUUACAGUUAAUGAGGAAUAUAGAGGACUUGGGAUUUGCAAAGCCCUCAUCAAUAAGUCUAAAGAGUUGGCAUUGGAGUUAGGGUAUCAAAUGAUGUACGUGGAGUGCUCCAGUCAUUUUACUGCAAAAGCUGCUGAAAGACUUGGAUUUCAAUGCAUAUAUUCGUUGUCUUAUUUGGAUUACGUGAACAAGCAGGGUGAAGUGGUGUUCAAGACACAGCCUCCUCACACAAUUUUCAAAAUCCAUGUGUUACUUCUCUAAUAUAUAAUCAAUAUUUAUCAACCUUUCAUAAUUCAUAUAACGAAUUAAUGAAAUAGCUAAUUUAUUUUAUUAAAUGUCGAAAAGUUUGAGGUUUUUUUCUAUAACGAAUUUUUAUUUGUUAUAGAAAUUGGGAUUUUUUUUUUAAUCUAAAAAAAAACAUUGAAUUAUUUACAUUUAAAAAAGAUAUAUAUUAUUUUAUUAACUCGUUAUGAAUUAUGCUUUUUAGUGAUAAGAAAAAUAGUUUUUUGCCAAAAAUUACAUGGUAAAAAUUAAAGAAAAUGUUGAUAUUGAUGAUCUUAAAAA